GACGACAUUAAAUAAUUGUUUUUGGAGAGAGAGUUAGGUUAUUACUGUGGAUUUUGUUUUCUGCAUACUGUAUCAUAGUCAUGGAUGUUCAAAGUUUGAUCAGAAAUAAUACUUUGCCUUCCAAGAAUGGAAUGGACAUUUUAUUUGAUGCACACAACCAUCAUUACUAGGUAUGACUGUGAGAUGUGGUUGUCUUACCUAGCUACCUUAAGAUAAAUUUUCUACAGAUGUAGGAUCUUAAUUUGAGCCAGUUUGCUACAGCAGGAAAAUAAUCCUGCAGCAACAGGAAAUGUGAAUUAGUAUGUGGAUCAAAAUUAAUGGACAUUUGCAUAGGGGUUGAUACAUUUAAGGUAAAAACAAGUCUGAAAUGUCAAAGUGUGAAGUGCAAACAUCAGAAGUAUUAAAACCUCAAAUACACAACAUGUUUUACAUUUCCUGCUUUGCAGGGAAGUUCCCCUGCAACAGGGUGAUCAAAUUACAAUCCUACAUCUGUAACUGUAAAUCGCUCUGGAUAAGAGUUUCGUCAAAUGUCUAAAAUGUAAAUGUACUGUUCAUAACUCUCUCUCAAACUUCCCCACUUCCCCAUGCUUUUUGAUUCCCUUGUUUUACACUGGAUGUUUUACACUGAGGGCAGUGUCUUACACUGGAUGUUUUACACUGGAUGUUUUACACAGGAUGUUUUACACAGGAUGUUUUACACUGAGGGCAGUGUUUUACACUGGAUGUUUUACACUGGGGGCAGUGUUUUACCCUGGAUGUUUUACACUGGAUGUUUUACACUGGGGGCAGUGUUUUACCCUGGAUGUUUUACACUGGAUGUUUUACACUGAGGGCAGCGUUUUACACUGGAUGUUUUACACAAUGUUUUACACUGGAUGUUUUACACAGGAUGUUUUACACAAUGUUUUACACUGGAUGUUUUACACUGGAUGUUUUACACUGGGGGCAGUGUUUUACCCUGGAUGUUUUACACUGGAUGUUUUACACUGAGGGCAGCGUUUUACACUGGAUGUUUUACACAAUGUUUUACACUGGAUGUUUUACACUGGAUGUUUUACACAAUGUUUUACACUGGAUGUUUUACACAAUGUUUUACACUGGAUGUUUUACACUGGAUGUUUUACACUGGGGGCAGUGUUUUACCCUGGAUGUUUUACACUGGAUGUUUUACACUGAGGGCAGCGUUUUACACUGGAUGUUUUACACAAUGUUUUACACUGGAUGUUUUACACUGGAUGUUUUACACAAUGUUUUACACUGGAUGUUUUACACAAUGUUUUACACUGGAUGUUUUACACUGGAUGUUUUACACAAUGUUUUACACUGGAUGUUUUACUCUGGGGGCAGUGUUUUACACAGGAUGUUUUACACUGGGGGCAGUGUUUUACACUGGAAGUUUUACACUGGAUGUUUUACACUGGGGGCAGUGUUUUACACUGGAAGUUUUACACUGGAUGUUUUACACUGAGGGCAGUGUUUUACACUGGAAGUUUUACACUGAGGGCUAUGUUUUACACUGGAUGUUUUACACUGAGGGCAGUGUUUUACACUGGAUGUUUUACACUGGAUGUUUUACAUUGGAUGUUUUACAUUGGAUGUUUUACACUGGAUGUAGCAGCAGACUAUUCGAUCAGUUCAGCUCUGACACAGUGUAUGACGAGAGGUUACUGACAGCAGCAGACAAUUUCAUUGCGGCUGCCUUCAAACUGCCUAGAGCUUCUGGAUGUUUCCCUCCAUGUGGUUUUCAGGCUUCUGGUUAUGUCUACAACUGUAUCACCUGUCAGUAUGACUCCUGUGAGUUCCCACUUGACUGUCCAACAAAGAACACCACAGUCAUGGAGAACAACCGGACACAGAUGAGGUGUGACGUCCCCUUUCCCCUGCCUUAUGAAAUGAAAGUGGUCUGGAGGUUUGCAGAGGAGAUCAGGACCCAGCAGGUGGAUCAGUUUAAGGAGGUGACAGUAGGGAUAGACAGGCUCUACUCUAUCCCCUCAGCUGGUCUGCGACACCAGGGUACAUACCAGUGUGAGAUCUACUCUGACCAGCGCUCCUUAGUCAGACUCUACUACCACCUCAUAGUCAUCCCCCAGGUGGUUGUAGGCCACAGUGAGCUGCAGGAGAUAUUUGAUCUGUCACUGCUUCCGGGGGGCCAAAUUGUCCCUGUGCCUGGUGGAUGGUCCCUUGCCCUCCUCCGUCUCCCCCUUCCCUCUCUCCUCACGGCCUGUCUGACUUCUCUGCUGCUGCUGCUCUUCCUCUCCCUGGGGAUUCUGCACUGGUGGUCGAUAAAGAAGGAGAAGAGUGGUGUGGAGCAAGCUGAAGACGAUCCACAUUCAAGGUGCCCAGUGCGGGAGAUAUAUCUACUGCAAUAAAAAACGUCCAAUGACGCUCAUCCAUUCCCUUCUGUGACGGUGAAGAAUAUCUGGGUUUGUUCAGAGCAAUCGGUCUUUAGCUGGUUUCACCACUAGAGGGCGAUAAGCACAUGUUACUAUCUGUAAAAUCAGUGCUUUAAGGCAGGAGUCAUUAAGAUCGGUUGCCUUACUUUCCUGAUGUAAGACAUUAUUUGUUAUAAUGACAAUGAUUAGGUUACUAUUAUCAACACAUACUGUGGCAUGGUGAGACCAGUGAAUGCUUUAUGGGACAGAUUCAACACAUGUUUAUUUGUUCAAAGACCCCUACUGUUAUGACAGAUUCGAUGUGAUACAUAAUGUGACGUUUUUAAUUAAGAAAUCCUCAAACCUCAACCCUAACCUAGCCUCAACCCUUACCGUAACCUUAGCUUCAUUUCCACAUCCCGGCUCAACCCUACCCCUCAAUCCUAACCCUAACAAGAAAUGAUUAUACAUGGAUUGUUAACUGUUAACUGAUUAUUAAACCGUGACAGACAGAUGGGUUAAAACGAUUGUGUGAAUGAACCCCUUCAUUGGUUGAAAAAGAUAGAUCUAACGAAUGGUUUAAGCGAUUUAGAAAAUACAAAGUCAUCUAUUGUAUUGUGUUUAAUAUAAAACUUUAUUUUGCCCUGGUGAGGCAGACAAAGUUAUGCUACAGUAUGGUCAACUUGAUGUGGCUCAUGAGUAUUACUGUAUUAUUAGUUCACUGUAUUCUGGCUAGGUGGUUGUGAGACUAUUGUGACACUGACCAUACCAUGAUGGAGGGAACAUGAUCUGAGGAGAGGCGAAGCGUUACUGGCGUUAUAAACCCUCAGUGUGUGUCUAAAUAUAUACAGACAUGACUCAUCGCUUAACCCAGCCAUUUAACAGGCGUUGAGGGUGUAUUUUUUUCCUAUGGGUUGUUCAGUUGUCUGGGCAAUGGAUGAUGCAUCAAGGGGUCGCCUAGCUGUAAGUGUAUUCUGGAUUUGAUCAAACCUGGAAUUAAAGUUUCCACUUCAUGAUA